AUGGAGUACUUCGAUAAGAACCCCAAGCCGCACGACUUGGACCGGCAUUCGCAGCAGACACGUGCCUUCAUACAACAGCAUGUCGAUAAAGGCAGAAGAGUGGCGUUGGUGACAUCUGGAGGCACGACCGUUCCGCUGGAGAAUCAGACUGUCAGAUUCAUCGACAAUUUCUCUGCUGGAACUCGUGGAGCCACCAGUGCCGAAUACUUCCUCGAGAAUGGUUAUGCAGUCAUCUUCCUGCAUCGUCAAUUCUCCUUGCUUCCAUAUUCAAGACAUUACAGCCAUAGCACGAAUUGCUUCCUGGACUACAUGUCCUACUCCGAAGAUGGUCCGGUCACUGUGCAGAAUAACUAUCAGCAAGAAAUGGCUUCGGUCUUGAAGCGGUACCGGACAGCCAAGAAAGAGAACACACUAUUGCUUCUGCCAUUCGUCACCGUCAAUGACUAUUUGUGGCUCUUGCGAGAAUUUGCAAUGCUUCUACAGCCUCUUGGCGCCAAUGCGCUUUUCUACCUUGCAGCAGCCGUCUCGGAUUUCUUCGUGCCGGCAGACAGAAUGGUCGAGCACAAGAUUCAGUCUUCGGAAGAUUUCUGGCAAAAGAAAGAUCUCAAUGGCGAUGCGCCGCAUGAUGAGCAGCUUCGCGGACGCCAGCCGGCCGCACAUAUGGAAGGCAAAUCUCUGGUCAUUGAUCUCGACCCUGUUCCAAAGUUCUUGAAGUCGCUGGUCGAUGAGUGGGCACCGCGAGCAAUGAUCAUCAGCUUCAAACUUGAGACAGACCCAAAUCUGCUCUCAAUCAAAGCAAAGACUGCACUGGACAAGUACGCACACCAUCUGGUCAUUGGGAACAUUCUCAACACUCGCAAGUACGAAGUUCUGUUUGUAUCUGCGGGCGGUGGGGAAAAAUGGAUCAGAGUGCCGCAAAAUAGGAGGAGUAAGAGCAUCACGAGCAGGACGCCUGGCGCUGAUGGAGAAUCAAACGAGCCAGCCCUUGAGAUUGAAAGCUUGAUUGUGCCUGAAGUGGCGAGACUUCACACACAUAUGAUCAAGAAUGGUGACCCUAGACGUCUGAGCCAGUCUUCACAAGAAGAAUAA